UAGAAACCGAGAAGCGCCACCCGACGGCUAUAAGUAAAUAUGAAAGUUGGGUGGAUUAUCAUCUGCAAUUGAUUUGAAGUGAAGAAAAAUAUGCCGUACGUUUUAAUUUCCACUCAAAUUCGGCUCGAAAUUGGACCAACAAUUGUGGGCGAUAAAGAUUCCGACCCGGAAUUAAUGGAGCAUCUUGGCGCAAGGAAGAUGAUCCAAUUGGGAAACGAUUUUCCGGAGUAUCGGACGGAAGAUCCUCCACGCAAAGUGCUUGACAAGCUGGCUGAGAGGGGCUACCGGGUGGUGGCCAUGGCCGGAAUAGGCCAGACUUGCAUCUGGACGCUGUUCAAACCAGAUGAGCGCAACGGUUCUUGAAUGAGUCUCUUCCUUUCUUCCGCCCGACGUAGUUUCAUCAACACUAGACUCUCGUAGUCUCUGUCAGAGAGUACGCCGUUUCCAGAUUGUCCGUCGUCCGACGUCUUUGUCUCCAUCUCUGUUGGAGUCCCGU